UCUUCCUCAAAGAUUCCACACCAUAAACACUUCAACGCAAGGAAGAGGAAGAGAGGGAAAAAAAACCUAAACACAAUGAGUGGAAAAAGAAAUCAAACGUGUAGUCCUGUUGGAAGCCCGCUGUCUGGGAACGUCUCAGACAGCGGUUCCAAAGAGCAAGACAGGUUCCUCCCCAUUGCGAACGUGAGCCGUAUCAUGAAGAAGUCCCUGCCUGCAAAUGCCAAGAUUUCAAAGGAAGCCAAGGAGACGGUCCAAGAAUGUGUAUCGGAGUUCAUAAGCUUCAUCACAGGCGAAGCAUCGGACAAGUGCCAGAGAGAAAAGAGAAAGACUAUCAACGGGGAUGACCUACUUUGGGCCAUGACAACUCUGGGAUUCGAGAAUUAUGUUGGACCCUUGAAAUUGUAUCUCAACAAGUACAGGGAGACUGAGGGAGAUAAGAACUCCAUGGCCAGAGAAGAAGACCACCCUCAUGGUUCUAAUGAUCAAACCAACACUAUUUCAAGUAACAAGAUGGAUUUUUCUAAUGGAGGUUUCUAUUCAGUUGGGGGACGACAGCAGCAGCAGCAAGUGAUGACUUCAAAUUACAAUAUGGCGAGUAGUCAUGGCGCUUACAAUUUCAGUAGGAUUCAUGAGAGUGGAGAUGGCAGUGCAAACAGAGAUUUGGCAGCUCAUCAUCAUAUUCAUAACGGGAUAGGAUGGUAGAUACUGCAAUAUUUAUAUAUGUCUAAUUUCAUAUCUUUGUCUGUUGCAUUUAGUUGGCUUCUUAAAGCUUAAGUUGGUAUGUUUACACACAUUUGAACCAAGUAUUAGUUAUUGUAACAGUUCUGGAGUCUGUACUUGGACAAUACAGCAGUAUUGUGAUGCAGUUUUUUUAAUUUUUUAGGAGAUUUUGGAUGCGGUAGUUAGCCACUAAUAGUUGUUGUGAUAAUUGGAAGUGUACAACAUCAUCAAGUAAUAUAGUGAUAAGUAGUAUGUUAUUCUAACAA